AGUCUGGUUGACCUUGACCGGCGCUCGUCUACUGCGAGUCCCGACCGCAUCGGCCUCACGAGUAAGCACCUCUGCCCUCUGGCGGUCUCCACGCACAACGAGGAAGGUUCGGGAAUCCCCUUGGCUUGUCCCUUCACCUCUUAUUAUCCCGCGCCGAACCAAAACACGCCAUCCUAGUUUCCAUCGCAGAGGGCGGCAAGGGGAUCCAGGGCGACCAUGGCUUACGUCGAGAGAGGAUGAAGCAGGAAGUUAUUUUCUUCACUUUUGAAGAAUUCAACAAAGGUGUUGUGAAAGACAAGCGGACUAUAUGGCGACUCAGCAUAAUCUCUGACUUCUUUCGUGCUGUUGUGAACUUCAUCAGAGUCUUCUUUCUCACAAUGUUCUCAGUGGAAAAAACAGACAACUACAGGAAAGGAUAUGGCUCUGGUAAGAAAUGGGAUGGUGGACCCGGUGGUGGUGGUGGGCGCGGCCCAUAUGGCGGUGGAGGCGGCGGUGGUGGAGGCUUUGGCGGCGGUGGUUCCCGUGGUCCUCGCACGCUGUCUGACAUUCGAUCCAAUGACCACAGUUCUCUCCCUGCUUGUGGAUCCUGCUGCGGCUAAUUAGCGCACAACCGUUCUGCCUGAUGACUGUUUAACAGAUGAAUACCCGUGCUCCUAUAUGUUCUGAACAUAGCUAUUGAUAUGUGUCUCAGGUUUCUGCAGAGUAUAAUCGGUGUGUCGUACUGUCGUUGUAAACAUGUACACUGUAGCUUGACUCUGGCAUGAUUCGCAUGGUACAUUCGCGGUUUACCUUGCGUGUAAUGAUGUCUGAUGCAUAACGAUACCAAGUACCAAGCUUAAUAAAUUGCCUCGUCACCCGGCUAAGAUGCA